AUGGGUGAUUCCGGGUUUGGUGGGAAAUCAGGAAUUAACCAGAGGAGGGAGAUCAACACAGGAAUUAACCAGAGGAGAGAGAUCAACACAGGAGUUUACCACAGGAGGGACAUCAACACAGGAAUUAACCAGAGGAGGGAGAUCAACACAGGAAUUAACCAGAGGAGGGAGAUCAACACAGGAAUUAACCAGAGGAGAGAGAUCAACACAGGAGUUUACCACAGGAGGGACAUCAACACAGGAAUUAACCAGAGGAGGGAGAUCAACACAGGAAUUAACCAGAGGAGGGAGAUCAACACAGGAAUUAACCAGAGGAGAGAGAUCAACACAGGAGUUUACCACAGGAGGGACAUCAACACAGGAAUUAACCAGAGGAGGGAGAUCAACACAGGAAUUAACCAGAGGAGGGAGAUCAACACAGGAAUUAACCAGAGGAGAGAGAUCAACACAGGAGUUUACCACAGGAGGGACAUCAACACAGGAAUUAACCAGAGGAGGGAGAUCAACACAGGAAUUAACCAGAGGAGGGAGAUCAACACAGGAAUUAACCAGAGGAGAGAGAUCAACACAGGAGUUUACCACAGGAGGGACAUCAACACAGGAAUUAACCAGAGGAGGGAUAUCAACACAGGAAUUAACCAGAGGAGGGAGAUCAACACAGGUGUUUACCAGAGGACGGAGAUCAACACAGGAGUUUACCACAGGAGGGACAUCAACACAGGAGUUUACCAGAGGAGGGAGAUCAACACAGGAGUUUACCAGGGAAAGUAG